CUGUGAGAGCGAGCUGAGUGGACGCGGGGGUGUCGGGGGUUCGCGGGCGCCGACGGCUUCUGAGUGAGCUGCGGGAGCUUUGCGGGGCCUGGCCCGGCCGCGGGGGGUCCUGGGGACCGCGCGGGGAAGAGACGGCCUGGGUCUGAGAACCGCAUGAAGACGCCAGGGCCUCCCCCAUGGAGUUCCUAACCACCCCGCAGCCCUCCUCAGGGCCUCCAGCCAUGGAUUUGGGGGAGCCCAGGGACUCCCUCGUGCCCUCUGAGACCCGCAGCCCUGACAACAGCCGGUGGAACCCUCAGCCUGGAAGCCCUGGCCUGAGUCAAAUGGACCUGGACCCGUCAGGCAUUCAGGAUCUAGUAGGACAGUUGGAAAAUCUGCCAGGAGAUCUGGGGGGCCUAGCCCCUGAUGGAGCCCCCUGCCCUCUGCACAUUGCCACCGGACACGGCUUGGCCUCCCAGGACAAGGAGGAUGCCCACGGGCUCUUGUCAGCAGAGGCUGGCCGGGAGGACCUGCUGGACCUCCUGCAGUGUGAAGCUGACUCUUCUUCCCAGCCUGGUCCCCAGGAGCCCCCCCAGCCGGCCCCUCGCCUGUUGCAGCCACCUGGGGAUCCCGAUGGGGAACCUGGUCCCCCAGAGUGGACAGAACAAGAGGACAGCAGAAGUUCAAGCAGCUCCCCGGAGCCCUGGCUGGAGACAGUGCCUCUGGUCACACCUGAAGAACCACCUGCUGCCAGUGCCCAGAGCCCUGAGACCCUGGCCUCGUGCCCUGCCCUCCAGGAGGUCCCUGGGCCCUGUGACCACGAGGACCUCAUGGACGGCGUCAUCUUUGGUGCCAAAUACUUGGGUUCCACCCAGCUGGUGUCGGAGUGGAACCCACCUCCCAGCAUGCGCAUGGCGCAGGCACAGGAGGCCGUGGACCGCAUCAAGGCCCCGGAUGGAGAAAGCCAGCCCAUGACAGAGGUAGACCUCUUCGUCUCCACCAAGAGGGUCAAGGUCCUCACCGCUGACUCCCAGGAGGCCAUGAUGGACCAUGCACUACAGACCAUCUCCUACAUCGCUGACAUCGGCCCUGUGCUGGUGCUCAUGGCACGGCGGCGGCUGGCACGGAGGCCGGGCUCCCAGGACCGUGCCUGCUGCCUGUACAAGAUGAUCUGCCAUGUCUUCCACUCUGAAGAUGCCCAGCUUAUUGCCCAGGCCAUUGGCCAGGCCUUCUCUGUGGCCUACAGCCAGUUCCUGAAGGAAAGCGGCAUUGACCCUAGCCAAGUGGGCACCCGGCUAAGCCAGGGCAGCCCUGGGCCCGGCCACCUGCACAACGGGGACCUGGAUCAUUUUUCCAACAGCGAGAACUGUAGGGAGGUGUGCAUCGAGAAGCUCCGUGGUGAGGGCCUGGGCGUGGCCCUGGUGGAGUCCGGCUGGGGCUCUCUGCUCCCCACUGCCGUCAUCGCCAACCUGAUGCACGGGGGGCCCGCGGAGCGCUCUGGAGCCCUCAGCAUCGGGGACCGCCUCACCGCCAUCAACGGGGCCAGCCUGGUAGGGCUGCCCCUGUCUGCCUGCCAGGCUGCCGUGCGGGAGGUGAGGCCACACACGUCGGUGCGGCUCAGCAUCGUGCACUGCCCGCCCGUCACCACGGCCAUCAUCCGGCGGCCACACUCCCGCGAGCAGCUCGGCUUCUGUGUGGAGGACGGCAUCAUCUGCAGUCUCCUGCGCGGGGGCAUCGCUGAGCGUGGCGGCGUACGCGUGGGCCACCGCAUCAUCGAGAUCAAUGGGCAGAGCGUGGUGGCCACACCGCACGAGCGCAUCAUCCAGCUGCUCACUGAGGCCCACAACGAGGUGCACAUCAAGACGAUGCCCGCGGCCACCUACCGACUGCUCACAGGCCAGGAGCAGCCCGUGUACCUGUGACCACCCGCCCCCCGCCCUGCACCACCGUGCCUUAAUCCUGACUGGCUGCAGCCCCUCCUCAGCCAGCCAGGACCCCAAAAGAUUCUUGACUCUAUAUUUUUUUUAAUAUUAAAAAAAAUUACAAAGUUUGCUGGGCGCCGGUGGCUCACACCUGU